AAGGAGAUUGUUUAUUUUAUAUAAAUGUCUACAUGUAAGCAAACGUUAUUACAUGUGUUCGUACCCACAGUUUAGCUGUCGGUUUCGAAGAUGAUCUGUAGUGUUGACCUGUCAGACAAAAAAUCUCUCUAGGAAGAAACAAGAUCCAUACAUGAUUUAGUGGUGUUGUCAUAAAGAAUCUGCUACAACGUGUUUUUCUAGCAAAGCCGGUUAUGGCGGAAAAACAGAUAAACUAACUUUUCACAGUCUGAGACAUGGAAAGAGACAGCCAAGAGAUCCCAGGGUUUGGGUUUGAUCCUGGUUAUGAACCUAGUCCAUUGCCACAGGAACCAACACCAAGCAGUAACUCAAUAUUUGGACUGAUUUCAAAGGUUAAUAAAGGAAUCCUUAAAAAGCCUCAGACAUCUACAUCAGAAACUGGGAAAGAGGGUCCCGCCAAUGACAGUAUUCAGCAAGCGAGAGCUGUUGCUAAGAAAUUGUCAAAUAUAUCUUCACAGAUGGUCAAACAGAGAGUAUUUCAGAAUGCUAAAACAACCAUUGAAAAUAUUCAGAAUGGAAUAUGGAAUCCACCAGUUGUUGAAGAGAAUAAACCAGGAAGUUCUAACACAGCAUUUAAGGUACCUACAGUUGCCCCUGUGCAAAAAUAUGUUGACCUUUCCAAUAAAGAUCCAUGUCAUGUAAAAGUUGCAAGUCGGAGUCAAGGUCAGAAUGCAAAUAUGUCAACACAGCACGUUGCCCCUAAUAUUUAUGGGGAAGAGAAAAGGUUGGUAGCUUAUGAUGAUGCUGAUAGGACAAAGCACACUGGUAACUUCUCACGUCAGGAAGCUCUGGAUGAAAUUGAUCGAUACAGAGGACCUGCAAGAGGUUAUGAUAAGGAUAAGCAUUAUGAGGAGACAGGUAAAAAGACAGAACCAUUCAAGAGUGAUUUUGAUCGCUAUUAUUAUGGAAAUGAGAAUCAAAGGAAUGAAAUUGCUGGUAAAUUACACAGAACUGAUGUUAGAGAUGAUUUUAGAUUUGAAAAGGAAUUUGCUUCAAAGCAGUUCCACGAACAUAGUUCGAAGCAAGGUACUAAUAUAGGAAGAGAUUUUAAGAACAGGAGUGAUGCUCGGUCAAGGGGUGAAUACCAGUCAGUUAUUGAUAACUUUCAAAGACCUAGAAAUGAUAAUUAUCAAGGAUCUAGAAAUUAUAAUUAUAAGAGACCUGUUAAUGAAACAUAUCAAACUGGGAAUGAUAAUCACCUAUGUAAACCUUUUGCAUCAGAGACUGGUCAUAACUACAGUGUGCAGAGAGAAUUUAGUCAAAGGGAUGAGUAUGAUCCCGAAAGAUGGGACUAUGGAAGGAAGAGAGAAUGUGGCAAUAUUGAUAUUAAAAAUUCUCAUUCUAGAGGGAUGGAGUCUGGUUCCUAUGGCAGUAAGCACAAAAAUGAGAAGCCUCUUACUGAAGAUAAGAUCCCUGACAAUAGUGAUCGUAGUGCAUACUUGAAAGAUACGAGAAGCAGAAAUGUGGGACUUGACCAGGAGCAAUUUUACAGUAGAAGCAAGCAUUCACAAGAACGACCUGAAAGUGGCAGCAGUGGUUCUUGUGAGUUACCUCAGACAGUUUACGAUUACGGUGAUUCAGUACACACUUAUGAUGGGGAGAUUAUGUCAUAUAGGACUAGGAGACAGACGGAUGAGCUAGGGGAAAGAUUUGAUAGCUAUAGCAACAAAAGAAAUAAUAGAGAUAUCAGUAGGGAUAGAGGUAGUGCAUCUGGAAAUAGAGUGAAUGAGAGAGAUGGUUACUAUGAGGAAGGACGUCAACAGUGCCACAGUAAAAGCGAAAUGGACUAUUACAGUGAUAAUUACUAUGACAGGGUUAGAGGUGAGAGAUGUGACUAUAGGAAUGAAGAGUAUUGUGAAGACAUGGCAAAUAUGGAAGAAUUUCCUGAAGAGGGGGAACAUGACAGUAAAUUACCAGAUGGAGGGAUGUUAUAUGAGGAUUUCUUGUUUGGAGAGGAGUAUGAAGAAGAGAAAGUCCUGAAUACAAGACAAAAUGACAAUAAAGGAUAUAGAAGUAGACAGUUUGAUAAUGAAUUUGAUAGGAAAAAGAAAGUUAAGAUUGGCAUGAUGAAUGAUGAGGAGAAUAAUUUGAGUAGAAAUAAACUAUCAGAUUGGAGAGGUACAAGAGGUAGAGGUAUGGAGCAGAACUGUGACAGAAUGAAGAGCAGAGAUAGUUUUGGUGAAAGAAAGGUUGACCAGGGUUUUGCAAAGGUUGGAAGAAAUAUGCCAAUUACAGAUGAUGAGAAAGCACAAGUUGAGAAGCCUGCUGAUGCAAUUAAAGUGGAUGUUCAGGCACAAGUACCUCCUUUGACUGGUGUUAGAGCACAAGUACCUCCCCUGCCUGAUGCUCUGAGUAGUGUUCCAGUGCAAGUACCUCCUACCACUGGUGUUCAAGCACAGGUACCUCUUUCAACUGGUAUUCCAAUGCAAGUACCAUGUCUGGCAGGUGUUCAAGCACAAGUACCUCCUUUAAGCGGUGUUUCUGCACCACCACCAUUUAUUGUGACUGCAGUAAUUCCACCACCUGGAAUUAUCUGUAAGGAUUGCAAUGUGACAUGUCUGGACGAGGAAAUUUAUAAUGCCCAUUUGAAGAGUAAUAUGCAUGUAUUGACUCUUCAGAGAAAAGCUCAAGAAUUAUUUCAUAUGGGUUCUCGAAAGAGUCGUUUCAAUGUUGAUAGCACAGGAAAACCUAUUAAAGCCUCUAUCCUUCCACCCACUACAAUGAUCACAGUAAUCCCUCCUAAACCUUUAGGUCCCCUUGACACAAGGUCGGUGCAGUGCACUUGGCUGAUACUACAGUGGCGAACAAGGCACAAGGAUGAAGAGGCUUUGAUAGAUAAAUAUGUGGUGGAGUACCGAAACGCACGUGAAAUACGAUGGGUCAGAGUAGGGGCAACAGCCAAACACGAACUUGAAGUUAAUGGGUUGCAGGAGGGAACAGACUAUUUGUUCAGGGUAUAUACAACAAACAGAGAUGAGAGAAGUGAAUAUCUUGAAUCUGUUCUUAUCACAACAAAAAAGAGAAGAGAUACCCCAGAACGUGGCCAGAGAAUAGCGUGUAGGGAGAAGGACAAAGGGAGGAGUCGUAAGUCAAGUAGAGAGAGUCAUAGAAGGCCUAGUAGGGAGAUGGAUCGAAAACAUGGCCAUGAGCUUAGUAGGAAACCCAUAAGAAACAGGAAAAUUACUGGGGAAAGAAAAAGGAUUGGAGAAAGAAAAUCUAGCAGAGAUAUUGGGAGAGUAGACAGUAAACAAAGCAAAGGUAGGGACAGCAAGCCAAUGAAGAAAACAUCAAGCAGUGAUAGUAAGCAGAAUAAGGCAGAAACAAAUGGAAACAAGGAGGAAAAACAGCAAAUAGAAUGUAAGAGUACACAGAAAAAGACCGUGGAGACUUCAAAGGCAGUGGAGGUUGACAAGCCUGAAGAACUAAAGCAGGAAGGUGUUGAAUGUUUACUAUACAAGGAGCUUCCAAACUACUCACAUGAACCUCUGCUAGGUCUUGAUGAUAUAUAUGAAAUCAGAAGUUACGUGCCAAAAACACCACCAAGAUACGUUUGUAAGCUGUGUAAUAAUAAAGGUUCACACAAAAUUAUUGUGAAGCAUAUAAUUGGCUUCCCACAUAAACUUAAUUACUUUAAGAAGCAUAACCCAGAAAUUUAUGACAUCAUAAAUGUGAUUGCCCUGAAGAAACAGCAAGUUGAAAGAGCAAAUUAUGAGGCAAGAUUAGAGGAAGACAGGAUAGGUCGGGGAUCUGUUAGAGUCAUGUUGAUGUUAAAUCCUGAAGACAAUAAUGGGAAAGUUGUGUACAAUGACCCUUUACCUGUCAAAGCACCCCUGCCUCUCAGGAAGAAGGAGAUGGGUGAAGUGCCAGAGGCAUAUGAUGAUAGCUACCAGUCACAGUUUGAGUCGUUGUACAACGAGGCAAUAGAAUCUGGCACACUUUCUGAUACAACACUUAUUGGUCUUGACUAUGUGAAAGAAAUGCUACAUCCAAGAAUGGAGAAAGAGCCCAGGUAUAUUUGCAGUUUGUGUACAGUCCUGUGUCAUAGUACAACUAUACUGUGUCAUCUGGUUGGCAAGAAACACAGGUUCAAUUAUCUAAAAGUAUAUCAGGAACAUGUGUAUGAUAUGAUUAACAACUCCAAGGAACAGAAACUUGAACUGUUAGUGGAGAAAAUCAAAGAAGUGGCUGAAAAAGAUGGUCCAGGCACUAUCAAAACCAAAGUGGCAAGAAAUGAAAGAAUGUGGAGAGAUAAAGCAUCAAAGGCUGAGGAAGCCCAGGUACAGACAGAGACUCGGGUCAGGGAAGAAGAAGAUGAGAACCUCGAAGAACCUCAACUGGAGGAGCCACCCAGAGAGGCUAGAUUGGUGCAGGCUAUCAAGUUUGGUAUCAAGAAGACCGACUCCCAACCUACUAAUGUUAAACCUAUCAAUGUACUGGACCAGGAACAAGCUGUACCAAAACACAAGGAAGUAUUUGACUGGAACAAAGAAAACAAUUUGCUGCAGUCUCGAAUUCAUAAUGAAACAAUCAUCAAAAGCAGUAGAAAGUCAAAGUUCCUCACAGUAUAUUCUGAAUUCUUUAAAAGAUUUCCAGUCAUAGGUAUACAGUGGGUUACUGAGUUCCAGAAGCAGGAUGUGAAGCAAGAGCCUUGGUACAUGUGCUCAAUGUGUCAACAGAAGUUACAGUGGAAAAGUAUUCUAGAUCAUGUUACAUCAAAUCUCCAUAGGCUGAAUUAUAUGAAAAAGCGUGAUUAUCGUCAGAUGUAUAAUGCAGUAUAUCAUGCCAUUAAGAAAGACAAGCUGUCAGCCAGACCACUGAUAGAGCAGUAUUCCAAAGAGAUAGCUAGUAUAGAACAUCCUCCUACUGAGAUGGAAGUCAUGUUGGAACUAAACAUCAAUACAGAGGCUUUUAAAUCUGUUGCUAAAGUGCAAGAAAAUGUGAAAGCCCGUGCUGUUACAUCUUCAGCUACUCAGUCUGCAAGUAUACAGAUAAAUAUAGCUUCUUCGUCUCUGUCAGGUGCCACAGUUUCAGGAGAAAAUACUUCAACAGCUGUUCAAGCUGCAAGUGAGUCCAAGUCCAUUGUAACAUAUUUGUCAAGUGCACAAGCCCAACAUACCCAAGCUCAGAGCAUUGAUCAAGAUUUACAGCUUGCGUCUCAGGUCCAGCAGCACAACUUACACACUCCUCAAACAGGUCAGAAUCAGAUACAGCAAACAGUUCAGUUAAAUAGUGAAAGCCCAACACUGUAUGCACCACAAAUAUGGCCACCUCCACAGUCGGGCACAAUUUCAAAUAUGAUGUUUCCUCCACCCAGUAUACAUACCAGUCAAGCCCAGAGCUAUCAAACGGCAACUGCACUGCCUUCUCUGAUGCCAUUUCAGAGUGCUACAAAUUCAUCUACGACUACACAGCUGCCAGCUAAUGGUGCUGUAAGACAUUUUGCUCCACAAUAUGGUGGGCUUGUUCAGACAAUGCCAGUUCCUCCAUAUACUGUUAGACAGCCUCUGAUUCCAGGACCUAGACAUAGACCACCACUUGCAUCAGGUUUGAGGCAAACUCUACUGCCAAUGCCUUAUCAUCAUCAGAUGGGGCAAAUUGCUUCUCAGAGGUCAGACCAAACACAGUUAGCUAUGCCAGUGUCUGAUCAACAACCUCUGAUUCAAGAGCAGUCUCCAAGGUUACCAGUUUACCCAAGUUUGGAGAAACCUAUUUCCGCCACACCAGUUCUCUCAGGUGCACUUCCUGUCAUGCUUUCUACAGCUCAGCAUCCAAAUUUACAAAAUGCAACAUCUAAUUUGAUAGGGCAAAAAAGGCCUCCACCUUGCCAGAUACAAACAUCAGCUGCACCUACAGAGUCUUCAACUGGUUCCUCACCUCAGCAAAAUGCUCCUUAUAGGAAUUCAGAUUCUAACAAUUUGCAUCAAUUAAGCACACAUUCUCAACUUCCAAAAACACAUGAGGUUAUUGGUUCAUCAGAAAGUGUAUAUAAUAAGAAUAAGAAUAACUAUACUAAUGAUAGACAAUAUUUUGAUGAGAAAAGAACACCAUAUGCAGCUAGCAAUAAUGAUUGUCAAGUGUUUCAUGAAAGUGAACAUAAUACUGGCCAUGAUGAUGGAACUUCUGUGGAUGGUUUUGGAGAAAUUGAACGCGGAAUUAAAAGAUAUGGUAGAGAAUCUGGAUAUAAUGACAAAAACAAAAGGAGGAGAAAUGAGGGUAGGAUGAAUGUUUUCAGAACUGGAAAUAAAGCGGCAGGCCCUCAAAGAACUUAUGAUAGAUCCCGCCGAGGGUAUAAUGAUAGGUGGGAUAGAGAUCUCAGAAAAAGCGAUGGAAGAGAUAGAAGAAACUCUAGAAGUCCUUAUAGAUCUGAUAGAAGCAGUCCUACCCAUGUAAGGCAGAGGGAUAACAACUGUGUAAAUCAAACUGAUCAGUUUACAAGGAGAUCAGAACGUAUGACCAGCCCAUAUAGAGAAAUAUAUAAUAGAGACAAACACAGAGAAAGUUAUCCUGAAGAGAGAAGGGAGCAGGCAUAUCAGAGUGAUCAGCAAAUUCCUACAGAGGACUAUAAUUUGCCACUAGAUGAAACAAAAGUGGAGGACUUAGUGAGAAUGUAUAGUGACAGAGUUGAUGAUAAUUAUGAUAAUUUGAUGUCAAAUGAAGCAGAAUGGGAUGAUAAGAUGGACAAAAGAUUAAGUGGAGAUAGGAGAGAUGGGACUGAUUAUGAAAUAGAUAUUGAUAUGUAUUAUGAUGGAAGAGAAGCACAUAGAAAUGAAGUUGACAGAGAGAAGUUUCAGAAUUGUAUGAAUUUUGAUGAUGAUUGGAAUGAAAAAGCUAGAAGAGGUAGGUUUGAUUACAUACGUACUGAUGGGUUUGGUGAAAGUGCAGAAAAUGAAUACAAGAAUGUAAGUAACAAAUACAGUCAGUAUUCCAGAAGAGAUUCAAAAAGUAACCAGAACAGUGGGGAUAGUGGUUUCAUUCAAAGAGGACACCUGUCUGAGAAAAGGAAAGGAAAAAGAGACGAAAUACAGAGAGUUGAUAGACACAGAGACAGGGUUGACAAACAUGAAGAUUAUUUUUUUAGAGAGGAAGUAAUCAGAGAGAGAGAAUUUAGAAGUUCUGAAGAAGAAUGGCCAGAGGAUUUUAGGGAGGAAGACUUGAGAAGGCAAAGACAACUUAGAAAAAACUAUUCUGAAAGACAGAGUUAUAGCAGAGAGAAAAGACAUACAACAGACACAUUUGAUAACAGAAGAGAUGACAAUAGAGAUGUACCAGCUCAUAGACAGAGAUUUGGAGACGAUUAUGAAAGGAUGUAUGAUGAACCCAAUGAAGAAGAUGAUGCCCUUCCUGAUCCAUCUAGAGAGGAAAUAGAUGCAUUACUAAGAAGAGCUAAUACAGUGAUUACACCACCAUGUGAAGAAUUCAGUGAGUAUGAGGUUGAAGUUCCUCUAGAAAAUACAAACCUUCAAGGAAGCAGCACAUCAUACUGGAGAGGAGAUCAUGGUGGUUACAGGGGAAGGGGUGGACCUAGAUCAGGCAGAUGAUUGUAGUAAAAAGAGGUACAUUUAUGAAAGCUGCUGUGCUGGAUAAGACCACUCAUUUAUUAAAUGAAUUAUAACUUAGCUAAAGGACAUAUCAAGAUUCUACUAGUGGCAUUCAAUAAGAUGCUGGAGUUUAGAGACAACUUCAGAAACACUUGUCUUUAUUGGACAAUCAUUUCUGGGUACAAAGGACUUGUGUAUUUGUAUAUAGUACAUGCCAUUGAUAUGUUCAAAUCUCAAUGAAUUAUAGUGGUGCUGGCAAAAUGAUAGUUCUGGCUACAAUAACUUAACUGACACUACUUUUUGUCCCCUGCCUUUUUUGAAGAAAAAAAGGGGGAUAUAGAAAUAGGCUGCAUCCUUCCAUCCUUCUUCUGUCCAUCCGUCACACUGUGUCCGGUCCAUAACUUUGCCAUCCAUAAAGGGAUUUUGAAAUAACUUGGCAUAAAUGUUGUGCAAAGGACUCAGACCCAUAGCUUCAAGGUCGAGGUCAAAGGUUAACACGGUAUAUUUCGUGUCCAGUCUCUGCCAUUCAUCAAGGGAUUUUGAAAUUACUUGGCACAAAUGUUCCCAUAAUGAGACGACAUGUCGAGCACAAAACCCAGACCCCUAGCUGGAAGGUCAAGGUCACACUUAGAGGAAAAGGUUAACAGGGUCUGUUUUGUGUCCAGUCUAUAACUCUGCCAUUCAUCAAGGGAUUUUGAAAUUACUUAGCACAAUUGUUCCCCACAAUGAGAGGGCAUGUCAUGCACAAGACCCAGACCUCUAGCACUAAGGUCAAGAUCAUACUUGGAGGUUAAAGGUUAACUUGGUCUGUUCCUUGUAUGUUCAAUAACUCUGCCAUUCAUCAAGGGAAUUGAAAAUUACUUGGCACAAAUUUUCCCUAUUAUGAGUUGAUAUGUCAUGUGCAAGAACCAGGUCCCUAGGUCUGAGGUCAAUGUCACACUUAGAGGUCAAAGGUCAAAUUCAAGAAUAACUUUGUCCGGAGCAUUAAAAUUUUUUCUUCUUCAUGCGUGGAGGGAUUUUGAUGUAACUUGCCACAAUGUUCAGCACCAUGAGGCACCCUUGUUUUUAGCUCACCUGAGCAAUGCUCAGGGGAGUUAUUGUGAUCGCUCAAUAUCUUGGCUUUUGCAGCCAUAUAGAGACUUCAUUUAUGGUUUGAUUUGAUACAAACUUGCAAAAUAUCUUUGACAACAAUAAAUAUUGGAUUCCAUGAUGAUUCUUACAGAACCAAUCAUAGGUUCCGGAGAUACAGCCCCUGAUUGACCCCUAUAAAAGCUGAAGUUUGGUAAUUUUUACCUUGUGAACACGAUGGAAGUGACAUUUUAUAUUUGAUUUUAUCCACACUUAAUCACAACUUAAGUCACAAUUAGAUCUUAGUUCCUUUUGAAAACCAGCUAGAUUCCAUCAUUGGUUCUGGAGUUACUGUCCCUGACAGGGGCAGAAUUUUCUAUUUUAGCCCUUUCAGUCAUAUAGAAGUUUCAUUUAUGCUUUGUUUGAUACAAACUUGCACAGAAUGAUUAUCUUAAUGAUCUCUAGGCCUAGAUCAAUAUUGGGUCAUGUCUGGUCAAAAACUAGGUCAUCAGGCAGUAUCAAAGGAAAAGCUUGUCAACAACUUAGAGGCCGCAUUUAUGACCUUGUCUUCAUGAAACUUGGUCAGAAUGUUUAUCUUGAUGAUUUUUAGGCCAAAUUUGGAACUGGGUCAUAUUGGGUCAAAAACUAGGUCACCCAGUCAAAGGAAAAGCUUGUUAACACUCUUGUUCAUUUGAUGUGCAUGAAACUUGGUCAGAAUGUUUGUCUGCAUGAAGUAUCGAAUGAAUAUUUGUCUGGGUCAUGUGGGGUCAAAAACUAGGUCAUCAGGUCAAAUCAAAGAAUAAGCUGGGGGCACAUUUUUGAUUCUUCAUAAAUUUUGGUCAGAAAUGUUUAUCAUGAAGUCUUGGAAGAUUUUAAAUCUGGGUCACAUGGGGUAAAAAACUAGGUCACUAUGGUUCUGGGACAAUCUGUGUAUGAAAAGAAUUGGAACCACUGCCUUACCCUUGCAUGAUCAAAAGAGGCGACUAAUAGGGUCUUAACACUUGGUUUUGCUGUAAUUCUGUGAUUCCAGCAGGUAUGCAAAUUUUGAUUCUAUACCUCGUGUUUAUUUCGAUGUAAAUGAGAUGUGAAACCAAAAUUUGUAGUCCUGUUUGGCGCCAUAUAACCUAUACUGUUGGUGUGCCGUAAAACCCAAAUAAAUAAAUAACUAGGUCACGUCAUAGGAAAAGCUUGUAUACACUAGAAGUCACUUUUUUUGCUCCAAUCUUCCCAAAACUUUGUCAGAAUGUUUGUUUUCAUGAAAUUUUGGACAAGUUCUAAUCAGGGUCAUGUGAGGUAAAAAAACAAAGUCACUAAGUCAAAUCUAAGAAAAUGCUUGUUGACACUCUAGAGGCCACGUUUUUUUGUCCAGUCUUAAUGAAAAUUGGUCAGAAUAUUUGUCUCCAUGAAAUCACUAGGUAAAACAUGUUUACAGUGUUAUGGUGUGUUACACAGGUGAGCGACCUAGGGCCCUCUUGUUUCUCUUUAUCUCUGUAAUUACUUGAUGGAUUUGUUUUAAACUUUAACUGUAAAGUUAUUCCUCAUCAUCACCCACAUCAUAUGACACAAGGAACAUAACUCUCACACCAAUAUUUUGUGAAUUAUUCCCCCGUUUUACUUAGAAUUUCAGGUUGAAGUUUUGAUGCACUUUCACUCUCUUAAUUAUUACUAAAUGGAUUUGAUUCAGACUGAAAGUAGUUGUUCCACAUCAUCUCCCACGUCAAUAUGACACAAGGUCUAUGACUCUGGUACCAAUAUUUAAUAAAUUAUCCCCCACUUAGAAUUUCAGGUUAAAGUUUUGAUGCACUUUCACUCUAUCUCAGUUAUUACUAAAUGGAUUUGUUUCAAACUUAAAAUUGUUGUUCAGCAUAAUCAGUCACGUCAUAUGAGACUAGAACCAUAACUCUUGCAUCAAUAUUUGAUGAAUUAUCUCCCCUUUUUAUUUAGAAUUUCAGGUUAAAGUUUUGGUGCACUUUCACUCUAUCUCAGUUAUUAAUUCAGGGAUUUAAUUUUGACUUAAAAUAGUUGUUCCACCUGAUCACCCACAUCAUAUGUCACAAGGUCCAUAACUCUGGCACCAAUUUUUCAUAAAUUAUGCCCCCUUAGUAUUUAAGGUUAAUUUUGAUGCAUUUUCGCUAUAUCUUAGUAAUUACUAAAUGGAUUUGAUUCAAACUUAAUCAACAUAAUCAGUCAUGUCAUAUGAGACUAGAGCCAUAACUCUUGCACCAAUAUUUGAUGAAUUAUCUCCCCUUUUUUAUUUAGAAUUUCAGGUUAAAGUUUUGGUGCACUUUCACUCUAUCUCAGUUAUUACUACAUGGAUUUGAUUCUGACUUAAAAUAGUUGUUCCACCUGAUCACCCACAUCAUAUGUCACAAGGUCCAUAACUCUGGCACCAAGUUUUCAUGAAUUAUGCCCCCUUUUACUUAGAAUUUAAGGUUAAUUUUGAUGCAUUUUCACUAUAUCUUAGUAAUUACUAAAUGGAUUCGAGUCAAACUUGAAGUAGUUGUUCCACAUCAUAUGACACAAGGUGCAUAACUCUUGUACCAAUAUUUUACGAAUUAUACCCCUUUUUUGCAUAGAAUUAUACUUAUUUAGUGUUUUGAUACACUUUAUCUUUAUCUCUCUUAUAACUUAAUAUUUUUCACACAGACUCAUGCUAUUGUGCAGUAUCUUCUUCCAACAUUGGAGUCAUUAAACACUCCAGCUUCCUCAGAAUGUGCCCAGUUCCACUAUCCAGCACCGAAAUAAUUGAGCGUGCUGUCUCCUGUGAAGCUAUUGUUCAUGCAUUGGUGUGUAUUUUAUUUCAUAUUACUCGAAAUAAAAUAGGAACAUGUA